AUGGCAAACCCGGACGAUAUGGAAAUGGAGAAGAUUGCAGAAGAUGAGCUGGCCAAGCUCCAAAGACAGUUCAGAGUGAUGGAGAUCGACCGUGCGAACGUCAUUAGCAGCGCGCAGCCGACUUUGAGGGUCCAGAGGAAUAUGAUCAGGACUCUGAACGCAGAGCUAGAGAAGAUUAUGUUAGAACUCAGGCUAACGAAAAGCACGUCAAACUUAAUAGAGAACGCGAAAACAAGAGAGAAAAUGGUGGCCCUACUGAAAGAACACGAAAAGUCUUCGGAAGAAGUGAGGCAGCAUCGAGGAUACAUCAACGAGCUGGACUUUCUAUUGAAACAGGUCCAGAAGGAAAUAAAGGUGCUGAAAAGUAAAGGAACGGGGUGUGAUAUAGCGUACACAACUGCAUCGUCGAAUCAAACGAUUACAGCCCAAUUAGAAAACCGGCUCGACACAGCAAUGAAGAAGUUUAACACUGUCAAUAGUGAGAAUUUCAGAAUGAGGUUGGAGAUAGAUCGCCUUUUGAGAGAUCGACAAUUCUUCAACUCAAUCUGGAAGAACCAAAUCAAGCGUUUAAUGGACGGUAAGGCUCAAAUCCUAGAGCUGGUGGAGCAAGCGAUAACGACUUAUGAUCAAAGGGAGGAGUGGUGCAAUAAGUUGGAAGCUCUGAAGGAAAAAGCAGCUAUUGAUUACAGGAAGCAUUGUUUGGAAGUUCGCGAACUCCAACGCCAACUAGACCAUAGCCUGAAGCUAGAAGACUUCCUCCGCACUAAAGGAACCGUCAGGCUAACGGCGGCUGAUGCCAAAGCGGAGGCCAAAAGAUUGGAGCAACAGGAAGAGGAUAUGCGGGCUUAUAAUAACUAUGUUAACAUACUCGAUGCUAUUAGAGAGUUCGCAGGCGAAGACGACGUGGACAAGCUUAUUCAGGAGUUCAACCGUCGCGAGGAAGAGAACUAUGCCCUGUUCAACUAUAUCAAUGAAGUCAACACAGAGCUCAAGCACCUAGAUGAUAGCGUUAAGAUGCUGCGAAUCCAGAUCGCCGACGAAAACGCAAAACACCAAGCAAAAUUACACAAGCAAAAAGACAGUAUAGAUUCCUUGCGUGACAUAUUAGAACAGCGGCGUGCUAGGGUGGCGGCAAGCGAAGAAGCAUACGAAAGAAGCAAUAGUGUGUUAAGUGGACUCUUGCGGAAGAUACAAAAGCUGGCCAUGUAA